AUGGAAUUCUUAGAUGAAGAUUUGAUGGAAGUAACUCCUCUACGUAUGAUACCAGGUAACGUUCCAAGCUCACCUUCCAUGACUAGAGCUAAGCAAGGGAUAGUCAAAGAAUUCAUUGUAAACAUUCCUGAUGAGAGUUAUGGAAAAAGCAGCAGGGAGGUCUGCAAAGUGGUUGUUAGGGGUAAGUGUGUGAAACUAUCACCUACUGUCAUUAACAAGUUUCUGGGGAGAGGAACUGAUGAAGGGGUAGAUCUAGAGGCCACAGAUAAUGAGAUCUGUAGGAUGAUUACAGCUGGCCAAGUUAAUGAAUGGCCAAGUAGGAAACACCUUGCAGCUAGUAAACUAACUGUCAAGUAUCCCAUCUUGCAUAAGAUUCGUUCUGCAAAUUGGGUUCCUACUAAUCACAUAUCUACCCUCUCCAUUGCUCUUGGGAGGAUCAUUCAUGCUAUUGGAUCAAGGGAUAACUAUGAUUUUGGCAAGUUCAUAUUUGAACAAACCAUUAGACAUGCUUCCACCAAUGCUAUUAAGUUGCCCAUUGCAUUCACAUCUAUCAUCUGUGGGAUCAUCCUGAGUCAAAAACCAGGAAUCUUGAGUACAAGUGAUAUUCCUAGCAGGAGGAAAACCCCUCUGUCCAUCCAUUACAAGUUGUUUGAAGGAAGUCAUGUCAAGGAUGUCAUGACAUCUGGUAGAAGGGAGUCUACAACUAAAGGAAGCUUGAUUGACCAACUGAAAGAGACCUGCAAAGAAUUGGAAGAUGGUAUAAGGGUGGUCAGGGCCAGAAAGGAAGCUUUAGAAGUCCUCAUCUGUAGCCUGGAAAGGGAAGACAGAGAAAAGGCUGGAAAGGAAUCAAAUAAAUGA